CUUUUUUUUCUCUCUGCCUCUGCACUGCUAUUUCCCUGCCCCCCCUUGGCUUUAACGGCUAACGGGUUCCCUAUUUUUUUUUUUUCUCUUACUGACGCGCGCUGCGCACGGUCCAAGCGUGCAACCCAGAUCAGCCGCCACCUCAGGCGUGCGCUAGGCUCAACUAUUAAAGCAUCUUCCCCCGCCCGCUUCUCGGAGUUUUCCCUUCUACACUGCCAUCUUCUCUCAGCCCCACAAAGUCUUUUUUCAAGCAUCUUCACAGUCAACACAUCACAACAACUCAUCAUGGCCCGCACCAAGCAGACCGCCCGUAAGUCCACUGGUGGCAAGGCUCCCCGCAAGCAGCUCGCUUCCAAGGCUGCCCGCAAGAGCGCUCCCUCCACCGGAGGUGUCAAGAAGCCUCACCGUUAUAAGCCUGGUACCGUCGCUCUCCGUGAGAUUCGUCGUUACCAGAAGUCGACCGAGCUUCUGAUCCGCAAGCUCCCCUUCCAGCGUCUGGUCCGUGAAAUCGCUCAGGACUUCAAGAGCGAUCUCCGCUUCCAGUCUUCCGCCAUUGGCGCCCUCCAGGAGUCCGUCGAGUCUUACCUCGUCUCCCUCUUCGAGGACACCAACCUCUGCGCCAUCCACGCCAAGCGUGUCACUAUCCAGAGCAAGGACAUCCAGCUCGCCCGCCGCCUCCGUGGUGAGCGCAACUAAGUUGGAUGACUUUGGGAGGAACGUUGCAGACAUGACUUUUGCUUUUCACACGAGUGUUUCUGGGGUCAAGGGAUAAUCAGGCGUUACAAAUGAGAGUUUUUAUUCCCCUUUAUGGUUCGGAAUGUAUAUUACCAGUGCGUCAGGGAAAAAGCACUGCAUAAAUGCAAACGAG